CGACGGAAAAAUUAUGCCGUCGUUGGAGGAGAAGGCAUCAGCUUGUCUAAUGGCUAUGAGUCAUCUCUAUCAUGGCCGGGUUUUUCAGGCAUAUCCUGGCCGUGAUGAAUUUCUUGGUCGUGGGAGAAGAGACUGCGACUUCGAUGUGUUAUCAUGGAUGAAACCGGUGGACAUAAGUAGAGCCAACAACAUGAUGAUUGUCCCGACUCUAUCACAGAGUGGCUGUCGCAUUCUCUUACUUACCACUUUGUCACUGGGCGAGCGAACCAGGAUAUAGAAGGAUUCGCCAUAGAUGUGAUAUCAGAUCUGCUCUCCUCUUCAUCCUCCCCGUCGAAUCAAAUCGUAGCCAAUUGCACCCUUCUUGCUUGCGUCAUGGUCGGGGUUCAGUUUGACAAGAAGGACAUAGUUCGUAUCGACAAAAGUUCUUCCCUGCCUCGAUUCGUGGAUGCCCUUUUGACGCAGUUUCAAAUGAUUCUUUGGGAAUACGAUGGAGGCGAUCUGGACAAAGACAGUACAGGAGUCACACGCAGGGCAUGGAAACUCCUCGACGUCAUUUGUUUCAUGCUUGAGUCUGCCAAAGAUCACUAUCAUCCGAGUCCUUCAUUCGACGCUAUGCGGAACCUGGACAUGUGCAGGAAAAUUUAUUCACAACUCAGGUCAUCCAAACAAAAUGAUCUUGAAGAACUGUCGAGAGCUCUGAAAAAUGGACUGCGCUUCACGCUCACUGCUGCGCAAGUAUCUCGGGACCCUGCCCACUUGUGGUACAGCUAUGAUUUAGGGACAGGUGAUUCCCGUUCUCUAGAAGACUUCGACUGGCUGGUGGACUACCUCGAGUACAUUCAUUCUAGCGACCAGGAAACGGCAUUUGACAUCCUUUUGUUGCUAAAUGACAUGCAAGUGCGCUGCAGUGCUGCUAAACAACAUCAGUUCUUCAAGAGCCUCAUUGCCUGCAUGAGCAGCAACAUGCCUCUGCAUUUACGCCAUGUCGCUCUCCGCACGGUCCUCAAUGCUCGAGAAGAAAUUGCCUCGAUUGAUGCCAUUCAUGAUGCGAAGUUGCGAGACAUGGUCCUAAUGGAGCUCUCCCCCGCUAUCCUGACUGCAGUUUGUCCGCAACCAGGUACAAUACCCUCCGAUGAUAGUCCUGACUGCAUCUUCCAUCAUGACCAUGACACGUAUCUUGAGCUGCUAUUUGCUCUCGCAAGGAAUUCCAACUGGCACCCCCAUUUGUCUAGGGAUCAUAUAGAUCGAUGCAUUAGCAUUAUUGCAGAGUGCCGCUUCCGGCCACCUGCAUUCCACCUGGCUGGCAUCCUCCUCCGAAUCCCACCUGAACAGUGGUCGGCUACAUCGCUCGAUUCCAUCACAAAGCGACAGUGGUGGGAUAUGCUCAGCGGUGCAUGGCCCCAUGCCAACUAUAUGAUAUAUCACGAUAUACCCUGUUUCGAGUUUCUUCCUGUCCUUGUGGAAGGGACCAAGAAGUAUCUGCAAUUUGCUCCGGACUAUGAUCUCGAGCGUCUCAUUGGCAAUGUGGAUGCUGUUCUCGAAGAACUGGAGAGGCAAAAGUCCGAACAGGGAGGGGGAGAGGGUGUCGUCAUUGCUGUGAAAGAGUUGAGGAAAGUAGCCAGCGAGAUGUUUGAGGAGUUGGUCAACGGUCAGGGAGUUAUUAGUCCCUGAUGAUCACGGUACUUGCAUGUUGUGCUAGUAUCCUGUGGCCGGAGGAAGGGAUGGAGCAAUGCGCGAGGGGAUAAGUAUCACAACUAUCGCAGGAGACAAGUCAAUCUUGUACUAUAGCUACAUCUAUGGAAGUCUACUAAUGGUUUUUGUCUCAUCUAAGACUACUACUUACUCUU